AAUCAACUGCAAGUAAACGGGCAUUACAAACGGUCACCCCCAUGGGGACUCGAUCCACCGGGCGGGCGUGUGCAGCUACUCCAGCAGCAUCCAGAGUUCAAUCAAGCCCAGAUUUCUACCCCCGUGACGUCAUCAACAACGUAUCUUGCAGCAGAAUGACUGAGAACGACGUUGAGAACGAGCUUUUAGAUUACGAGGAGGAUGAGGUGGAUACAGGUGGCGCUGGGGAUGCAGGGCUCGGGAUCCACGAAGGUGCCAUAUCCAUCCGGAAGGAAGGGGUCAAGGGGUCAUAUGUGUCCAUCCACUCCUCAGGAUUCAGAGAUUUCCUUCUAAAACCCGAACUCCUGAGAGCCAUUGUGGACUGUGGCUUUGAACAUCCAUCUGAGGUCCAGCACGAAUGCAUUCCUCAGGCGAUCUUGGGCAUGGAUGUAUUAUGUCAAGCCAAGUCUGGAAUGGGGAAGACGGCUGUCUUUGUGUUGGCCACCCUUCAGCAGCUGGAGCCAGUGACUGGUCAGGUAUCGGUGUUGGUGAUGUGUCAUACCAGAGAGCUGGCAUUCCAGAUCAGCAAAGAGUAUGAGCGCUUCUCCAAAUACAUGCCUAGUGUGAAGGUGGCAGUGUUCUUUGGGGGUCUGUCCAUAAAGAAGGAUGAGGAGGUGUUGAAGAGAGAGAGCCCUCAUGUGGUGGUGGGAACUCCGGGACGUACUCUGGCUCUGUCCCGCAACAAGAGUCUCAACCUGCGUCACAUCAAACACUUCAUCCUGGAUGAAUGCGACAAGAUGCUGGAGCAACUUGACAUGCGACGUGAUGUCCAGGAAAUCUUCAGAAUGACCCCUCACGAGAAGCAGGUCAUGAUGUUCAGUGCCACAUUGAGUAAAGAGAUCCGUCCUGUCUGCAGAAAGUUCAUGCAAGAUCCGAUGGAAAUAUUUGUGGAUGAUGAGACUAAGCUGACACUUCACGGCCUCCAGCAGUACUACGUCAAGCUGAAGGACAACGAGAAGAACCGGAAGCUCUUUGAUCUCCUGGAUGUUUUGGAGUUCAACCAGGUGGUGAUCUUCGUAAAGUCGGUGCAGCGUUGUAUUGCUCUGGCUCAGUUGCUGGUGGAGCAAAACUUCCCUGCCAUUGCCAUUCACAGAGCAAUGCCUCAAGACGAAAGACUAGCCCGAUAUCAGCAAUUUAAGGAUUUCCAAAGACGUAUCCUGGUCGCCACAAACCUGUUUGGCCGAGGUAUGGACAUCGAAAGAGUCAACAUUGCCUUCAACUACGACAUGCCUGAAGAUUCGGACACUUACCUACACAGGGUUGCGAGGGCAGGCAGGUUUGGAACGAAAGGUCUAGCCAUCACUUUUGUGUCAGAAGAGAGUGAGGCCCGCACUUUGAAUGAUGUUCAGGACAGGUUUGAAGUGAACAUCAGUGAACUUCCAGAGGAGAUUGACAUCUCAUCAUAUAUUGAACAAACACGAUAGAGACGAAGAAGAAAACAAAGCCAGUUUCUUUGGAGAAUGCAUGGCAUUGUCGCAUUUGAUAGCAGCUGAGACUUUGUAUUCCACAUAGACUGUUAAGGUGUUAGUGAGUACAUAUAAUAAACAACUUGUAAUGCAGCAUUAUUCUAUAUUGUGGUGGGUUUGCUAAUGCCUCCUCAGUAGUUCAGUUGUUUUGAUUUUAAGUUAAAAAAGUACACGUUUUUUUGCAUUCUUUUAAAUGUUAAUAUUUUUCCUCCCAGUACUUCUCAUUUCCCAUUUUGUUUGUGAGAUUUAAUUAUUUAUUUGAAAUGGAGAGGCAUAUUUUUUUGUUCUGUUUAGAGAGGGAAAGAGUUUUCAGUGGAUUGUAGGGGACCAUACAUUUGACUGCAUUGAUGUAAAACUGUUUGAAAGUUAUUGAUUACAGUAGCAGUAUAUCCUGAAUUCUUGUUACCUGUGAAGGUGUUGACAAAAAUGUAUUCAGUGUUCCUACAAUUGCCAGAAUCAUGGCUACAUUGUUUAAACUACUCAAUGCUUGUUAAACCAGAUAAACCGUUUAAUUAACAGAUGUUUUGUUAUUAAUGCUUCUGUCAUUUAAGUGUAUUGAUAUAGACACUCGGUUCCUUUUAGGAUGACGAUUCACUGCUGUUGUGAAAUAUCU